AUGGCGCUUGCUUCUUCUGUCAGUCUUUACUAUUCGAUAGUACAACGGGCGGCCCGGCAUUACUUGGAAGACUAUUGUCACACUGAUACGGCAGCACCAUACGUGUUAUACAAGGAUGGCGUUGAACGAGCUCCACCGGGCACACAGUGGGGCGGUGGAGUUCUGGACGGCGGCUACCAGCCCAUGCAACACCAGAGCCCUGGUGGACCGUCCCCUCAGCCCGAACCGCAGUUAGCCUCUCCUGCGCCCUCGCCCUAUCCACCGGCUCCUCCACCGCCGGACCCGACCGCGGCAGCAGAAGAUGCAGCACAACAACUAGCUCAGCAACAAGCCCAGCAGCAGGCUCAACAACAACAGCAGCAGCAGCAGCAACAGCAGACGUCACCUGAACACAUGCAAGUUGAUCAACAACUACAGUCGCAGCCCCAACCGCAGCCUCCGCCGCAAGACCACCUUGAUCGAUCACCGUGCUUCAUCCCGCAGCCCGAUCUACAGCAACAGUAUACACCGUACUUCAAAGAGACCAGACCGGCCAGUCAUAUGCUGAGUACCGGCGGCUUUCCGCUGCACUAUUUAAAACAAAACGGUGGCGUCUUAUCUUUGGAGGGUCCGCUCGAUCAAUACGGAGCGCCAGACCUCCGCCAUUUGCCUGACAUAGUUCAACCUGAACCUCCAAAGCCAAGGAAGCACAACCCUAACUCAGAACUACGGCUGUUCAAGUGCUUGACAUGUGGAAAAGACUUUAAACAGAAGUCGACUCUGCUUCAGCACGAGCGGAUCCAUACGGACUCGAGACCAUACGGGUGUCCAGAGUGCGGCAAGCGGUUCCGGCAGCAGUCUCAUCUGACGCAGCACCUGCGCAUCCACGCCAACGAGAAGCCGUACGCAUGCGUCUACUGCCCGCGCUCGUUCCGGCAGCGCGCCAUCCUCAACCAGCACCUGCGCAUCCAUUCCGGUGAGAAGCCAUAUUCGUGCGGCGAGUGCGGCAAACAUUUCCGCCAGAAGGCCAUCCUGAACCAGCACGUCCGAACACACCAAGAUGUAUCACCGCAUCUGAUAUUCAAGAACGGCACCACGCCGACUCUGUGGCCUCAGGAUGUACCGUUUCCUCCCGACGAGAACAAGGAAGAGAUCCAGUCGACUUUUGGAGAUGCCGACGGGCAGAAUGGAGAACAGCGAGGCUCAUGUUUCUCACCGGGUGACACCGCUCAAUAUCCCGCCUACUUCAAAGAUACGAAAGGCCUUAAUCAUACUGUGUUUGGGUCGGGUUUAUCGUUGCAAUAUUUAAAAGGAGGAAAGCUUCCAGAUGUCCUCGGCGGCCGCGCGAUGCCUCUCUACGUACGUUGUCCUAUCUGUCAGAAAGAGUUCAAACAGAAGUCGACUCUUCUUCAACACGGCUGCAUUCACAUUGAAUCCCGACCAUAUCCGUGCCCUGAAUGCGGCAAACGAUUCAGGCAGCAAUCUCAUCUGACUCAGCAUCUGCGAAUCCACACAAACGAGAAGCCAUAUGGCUGUAUUUAUUGUCCACGUUUCUUCCGACAACGUACCAUUCUCAACCAGCACCUGCGCAUUCACACCGGAGAGAAACCCUAUAAGUGCACGCAAUGCGGAAAGGAUUUCAGGCAAAAAGCAAUUCUAGAUCAACACACGCGAACUCAUCAAGGCGAUCGGCCGUUCUGCUGCCCAAUGCCGAACUGUCGGCGGCGGUUUGCCACCGAACCGGAGGUGAAGAAGCACAUCGACAACCACAUGAACCCGCACGCAACAAAGGCGCGUCGGGCAGACACAUCGAAGACGCCCCGCCCGCUGCCGCCAGCCGCCGCCGUGGUCAAACCAGAGCUGUACUUCCCGCAGUGCUACGCGCCACCGUUCCAGCAAUUCCCGACGAGCGGAGAGUUCAAGCCGGCGGUGGGCGGCGCGUGUCUGCCGGCGCAGUGACCGGCGGCCGGCCCGCGCUGGCACACGGCGCCGCCUGAGCUGUACGGCGAGCGCCUGUACAACUGAGCGGGCCUCCCAGUACGCGAG